UAUUUCUCUCUCUCUUCAAACAAAAGUACAACAGUGCUAAGCUCCUCGUCACUGCCUCAUCUCCUCUCUUCUGGUCUUCUUCCUCCCUAUACGGUCGCACGUUGCUCUAUCUUUCUCUCACUCCUCCGACGAUGUUGGGCGUAGGAACACUUCCACCACCACCUCUACUUCACAAGAACCACAAUCUUCCAUUCUCUCUUAUCUUCCAACACCAAACCCACAAACCACUCUUCAAUUACUCCCCAUUAUCAAUUUCAGGGCGAACUGGGUUUUGCUUAUUUUCACAAAAGAAAGAAAAAAAUCCAAGCUUUAUUGAGAUUAAAAUGGAUGAAAAUGAUGAGGAAGAAGAAGAUGUGUUUGAAUAUUUUGACGAUGAAGAAUUUGAUGAUGAAGAUGAAGAAUUUGAUGAUGAUGAAGAAGAUGAAGAUGAAGAUGUAGAUGAAGAUGGUGAGGUUAUGGUCCCAUAUAACAGGAUGAAUGAUUGGCUUGUGAAAAAACCAAAAGGGUUUGGUGAAGGAAAGGUGUAUGAUACUGCACUUGAAGAUAAGUUGCUUGAAGAAAUUGAACAAAGUGUUAAAGCUCAAAUGGUUAAUAUUAAUAAGCUUAAGAAUGAACCUAUUAAGCCUAAGCCAAAGAAUGAGCUCCAGGAUGAGUUUUUUAAAGGUGUUCCUGGUGGAAUUCGUGUUCGUAUCAACAACCUUCCAAAAAAACGCAAUAUCCACAGAGAUCUAAAGUCAGCCUUUGAAGGAAUUCCUGGAAUAAUAAACAUAUCACCGGUGAAUUCUGGAAACAAAAAGACAAGGGAUCCUGUCUGCAAAGGCCUCGCUUUUGUGGAUUUCAAAUCUUUGAAGGAUGCAGACAGCUUUGUUCAGAAGUUCUCAGGCCAAAUUGUUCCUUUUGGCAAGUCUGAGAAGCCUAUCAAGUGUGAAAUUCUGAAGCCGCUUGAUGCCAUUGCUAGUUAUGGAGGAUCAUCUUUUGACGAAUACAACACCACUUCUGAAGGAACCUUUACUGUCUUAGAGGACGAUGAAGACGAUGAUGUUGAGCAUGAUUUUAAUGAAUUGGUUGAAGGCCCUGACGGCAAAUAUGUUUUAGGGAACUCGGAAAAGUUAAGUGCUAGUGAUCGCAUAAAACGCAUAGAAAUGCUAGAAGCGAAACUGCUGGCACGUGCUGCCUUGUAUGAAGAGGAGAUUAAAGCAGUUAGAAAGGAGCCAGAGGUAACAAAUAAGUCAGAUAAGAAACCAAACGUAAAGACAGACAAGAAACCAAACGUAAAGACAGACAAGAAACCAAACCUAAAGACAAACAAGAAGCCAAAACUAAGUAUUCCAGGAUCUGCAAAGAAGUUAAAAGUCAGGGAGAAAGCUAAACUUGCAGACGCCUUUUCUAGAUAUGGAAUGAAAGAAGCCCCGGGUUCAAAAGAUAUGUAAUUCUUGAUUAGUUGAUUGUGUAAAUUAGAGAAUGCGAUGAACUGCCAGUUUUGAUGUUGGUUCUCUCCCAUAUGGAGUUCAUUUAGAUGGAAAUUACUCUA